UGUGUAUGUAUGCGUGUGCACCAAGGUGUGUGUCUGUGUGCAGCAUGAUUGGUGUGUCUACUUGAGUACCUGACUUUGUGUGUGUGGCUCUGUAUCCCAAACACUGACUGAAUGGCAUACUUGUGAAUUUUUGUUAUCUCAAUUUGGAUUUCUUUGUUCGACAUUACUGAUAUUUAAGGAUUGUUCGGUCUUGGUCAUUCCUCAUUUGAGAUAGGGAUCUAUUGUGCCUGGUGUGGAUUAUUGUGGACAUCUCUUCUGGAAUAACCACUUUUCUGAGACCAGGCAAUGUCCAGGAAACAGAACAGGUGGCAGGAGGCCCUCGUUGUAUACCCCAAGGCCCACAAACUGACACAGAAGAAGAAGAGGAAAGUGGACACACCCACAUCCCAGGAACCCGGGCCAGCUAGGGUGGCUGUGACCAGUGGAGUUGACCAGCUGGGCAUCAGCAGAAAAAAUACUGUUAGCAUUAAAAGUAACAGCAGUGCUACUAGGGGCAGUGCUGGAAGUGCUAAUGGUAGCUACAGCAGUUGCCCUAGCUGUAGCAUCAGCAAAAGCGCUAGCAGCAAAAGCAGCUAUAGUGUUAGCACUAGCCGACACGGCAGUGCUUGCAAAGCCAUGGUGGAGAAGACUCCGACAGGUCGGUCCUGGCGGUGCCAGGAGGAACAACAGCAGAGGAUAGGAGGUGGGAGAAGAACCCUCCCAAGCAGCCGCAGUUCUCCAUCCAUCAGCACCUCCUCUUCUCUCUGCUCUUUGUCUCCCUCCAUGAGUGGCAGCGCUUCCCUCGACCAGCUCAGUCAAACCAUCUCCAGAGACGAUGCCCAACAAUUCCUUCUACAUUCCGGACCCAAGUCUCGGGCAGAGAGUGGUUGCUCCUCCCUAGAGAAGAACACACCAGCUACAGACUCCUGGCAGCCAUCUUUGUCUCUGUCCAGUGUUUCUCCCAGGGACCCCCUGAGGAGGUCGCAAGUCAUAGACCAGUUAGAGGGUGAUCACGUUGACAACAUGGACACCAGCUCUUUUUCUGAGCCAACCUCCUCUUCCUCAUCAUUCUCCAACACCACAAGCCAGACCCGACACAGUAGAAUGCAGAUAAGCAAAAAACAGGAGGCCCUGGAAUAUGCUCUGAAGCGUUCUGCCCCGGAUGUCUCCAGACCAACCAUGCCCUGCUACCGCCGCUCCAAGUCCUUGGACCGGAGGGCAGCAGAAGCUACGGCCACCACAGCAACGCCUGACCUCAACUUCAAAAAGGGCUGGAUGACCAGACUGACUGACAAAGGGCAGUGGAAAAAGCACUGGUUCGUCCUGACUGACCAAACCCUGAGGUUCUACAGAGAUAUUGUUGCUGAGGAGGCUGCUGAUUUGGAUGGCGAGAUGAACCUUUCUACUUGUUAUGACAUCACAGACUACCCAGUUCAGAGGAACUACGGCUUCCAGAUACACACUGCAGAGGGAGCGUUCACUCUGUGUGCCAUGACUUCUGGGAUCCGGAGGAACUGGGUCCAGGCAGUGAUGAAGAACGUGAGGCACAACGUGGCCCUGGUCGUCACAAGUUCUCUUCCACAGCAGAAGGAGCCACCAGCGCUAGGCCCUAUGGAGACACGCUCUGCAGAGGAAGAUGUGGAUCCAGAUCAGAGGAAGAACCGUAGUGUCCGCGAGCGUCGCCGGGAGGGACGCUACAAAACCUUUGACUGGGCUGAUUUUAGCCGCCAUCAGCACCACCAGGGAGUAGAGAAGGAGGCGGAGCCCAGUGGACAGUCGCGUCCUGUGGUAGGAUGGGACACCGCUGACGGCGGCAGCCCAUCGCCAGUCUCCUCUGCCUCCUCUCUGGUUGCCUCUAACUCCUGCUCCUCCUCGUACUCUUCUCAGUGCCUCAGGGACACUGUAGCUUCACAAGAGGCGGAGGUGCUACAAACGGGGGCAGGUCCAACCAUGCUACCCCAGGCUCCAUUCAUGGCCACACCCCUAGAAGAAAGAAGUGUUGCUGGGACCAAAACACCCACAACACUAGUUCAUGCUCAAAAUAAGGUUUUUGAAAAAAGGACAAUUUCUGAGGUGGACAACAGCUCCACCUCUUCUACACCAGAGCUGCCCAUUGGUUGUGGCGAUGACGAUGUCACUGGCCACACCCCUAGUGAUGUUCCUAGCGUUGCCCUUGGUGAUGGCUUUGGCAACACUCCUAGCCCCACCCCUUGUGAUGGCACUGCCGGUGUACGGGUGGAGGUGGUGAUAGAGCAGCAAGUGGCUUCCACACCGCUGAGAGAGGAGAGGUGGGUUCCCAUCAAUAACUCUGACGAAACCAAAGAAGAGACGGAGCAGCAGUCCUAUGAACAGCAGACUGAAGAGCUGGAGCAGACCCAGAGAGAGUUGUCCAGACUCCAGCAGGUGAACAUCAGUCUGCAGCAACAGCUGCAGCAGGAGAGGGAACGCACCAGGGAGAACUGCCUACUACAGAAUGGCCUACCCACAUCUUUCAACCAGUCCUCCUCCGCUCAGUCAUGCGCAUGGCAGCGUCUUCAGAAGCUGAACCAGGACCUGCGCUUUGAGCUGGAGGCCCAGAGGAGGAGCCAGGAGGAGGUGCGUGAGGCUGAACUGCAGCGGAGGGCCGAGUUCAUCGCCUUGCAGGCGCGGGCGUUAAGCGCAGGGGAGGCUGCAGCCUUGGCACGCUCGGAGCUGCAGCAGGAGCGUCAGAGCGCUCGGAAGCAACGGGAGGAGGGGGAGCACGAACACCGGCAGGAGUUGGAGUGUUUGCGCCAGCGACUACAAGAGGUGUCAGCCCAGAUGAGAGCAAAAGAGGAGGCACAGGCCGAGAAGGAGGUACGCCUGCAGAAGCACCUGGGCCUCCUGCAGGAGAGCCAGGACAGGGAACGCAGAAGCCUGGGGGCCAACCUGGCCCAAGCGGAGCGCCGGACCCAGGACCUGCAGGAGCAGCUGCAAAAGGCUGAGCAGCAAGCGGAGACAUUGUGGAAGGGGCAGGGUCAGCCGUGGGCCAGGGAAGGAGAGGUGGUGGAGGCUCAGCAGCAGCUGCAGGAGGAGUUGGCCCGCACGCUGGAGGCUAUAGGGAGGCUACAGGGGGAGGGGGAGCAGCUGGAGAGACGCUGCCAAGAGCUGCAGAACCAGCUGGCCGAGGCAGACGGGGAGGUGGUUCAGCUGCAGAGACGCCUACAGACGGAGGAGACUGACUACUACAACCUGGAGCACUCUUACGAGAGUGUUUCAGAGGAGCUACAGCGGGCCCUGGGACAGGCGCAGGAGAGGGAGGUGGCAGCCAGCGAUGCCAGGGAGGACUACAAGAGGCUGCUGGACAGGAAGGAGCGGGAGUUGAGUGAAGCCUUGGUUAAGAUGGCCGCCCUUGGGAGCAGCCUGGAAGAGACGGAGCUGAAACUGAGUAAGGUGAAGGAAGCAUGCACCUGUUGUUCCUCUCUUCCUCUCUUCAAAGUGACUGACAACAGACUGAAUAUCAAAUCCAGCAGUCUGAAUUCACGGGAUAUCCAGACCAUCCACCACUCCUACAAUACAGACGGAGGACAGACAAAUGGCAGCAGCGUCCCUGCCAUAAGCCACUCCGGACCUGGCUCAUGUUCUGUCGACCCGGCCUACCAGUACAUCGUUACGGCUGGAGAUGAUCCGGACAGGUUCAUGUCAGUGAUCCAGGUCCUGGAGACCAAGCUGUAUGUGACAGAGGAGAAAUUGAGAGACAUCACCCAGAGGCUGGAGGAGCCACAAGGUCAGUGGUGCAGCGGUGCAGCCACCGACCCCCACGUCCUCUCCCAGCUCACCCAGAGCCGGGCCGCUACCCAGCGGCUUAGCCUCUUUCUUCACAACCAGGCCAAGCAGAGCAGGCGCUUCGCCCUGGAAACGGAGGGCCGAACCAGGGUGCUGGGUGGGCAGUGUCAGGCGGCCCUGGCCAGUGUGCAGACCUGCAGAGAGAGGAUCCAAGCCCUGCUGAGGAGGAACCCUGGUGAAAGUAGCAACCCUGACCUAGAAGCCGAGCUCUGUGCCCUGGAGAUGCAGCUGGUCACUGCUGCCGCCUGCCUCAGGCAAGGAGGAAUAAUUGCCGAUGAGCAAUGGCACGAGUGCCACCGAGCUCAGAGGGAGGAGGAAGACUUGAUUGAUGACAAGACACUAUCAGAGGACAAGGUUGAGCAAAUGAUCACAGGCACGUAUGCCCCAAUGUCAUGCCCAGAAGGAGAGGAAGCUGGAAUGAAAACAUUGGGUAGAGCUUUAGCCCUGGAAGCGUCUACGUUGGAGAAGAUGGCGUCGGCAAUGCAGAGCCAAGAUACAUUAUUUUGCCAGAAUGAAGCCCUCCUUGGUGGAGACGAAGGUGACUCGGCACACAUGUAUGCCGACGUGCUUUUGAAAAGGAUGGCCCUCGGAAUGGAUUGUAGGGAACCAGUAGGUGGCGACACUGAGUCGGAGGAGAGCGCCAUUGGCAGGGUCUGUGCCAGAGCAGAGUUAGCUUACAUCUCUCUAACCUUACAGCAUCGCUACCAGGGAGAGCCGAUACAAGAAGAACUGCACUCUGACAACCCGACCAGGGAGCAGCUAUGGCGGAGCUCUCAGUCAGAGGAACAGUGUGGUGGCGCUGGGGAUAACAAUCUGAGCUCUGGUCAGGCCAGGGGUCUGGCUGAUGUCAGUCCUCCAGAGCUGGCUCCUUAUGAGGAACAGGUCCAGUUGAAGUCCAGAGGCCUCACAGACAACCUGCUGGAGAGGAUCCAAUCAGUCUGGAAUGGGGACAAGACAGAGAAACAACACGACUGGACAGAAAGACUUGCAGUCCAGCUGAGGAAAAGGGCCAAGGUCUUGCACCAACUCUGUCAGGAGAUCCCCAGCAGCAGUGGCUCAAAGGGGAAGAGUAGUGCGGCGAAAGGUAGACGCUGGUUGGAUGACCCGGACUCUGUUGGAACCCUGGACUUGACCCUGUACUGGCCGGAGGUGCUGGUCCAGUCCCAGGUGACCUACGUGGCAUGCCGCCUGCAGCUGGAUCACGAACAGGAACUGCAGCAGUGCAAGGGGGCAUUCGACAGACUAGGGGCGCUGUGUCAGGAGCAAGAGGCCAUGCUCAGCAAGGACCGCCGCACUUUUAGCCACGCCCUGUCGCGACUGCAGGAGGACAGCCAGGCCCUCAAGGAGAAGCUGGAGCAGGUGGAGCAAGGGAGGGCCGCAGCAGAGAGCGAGACCCGGCGUAAGGUGGGUGUACUCCUAGCUGAUAUCGAGAGCAUCGAGGAUCGCCACGAGGAGCAGGUGCAGAAGCUGGAGGAGGAGUUCCAAGGGAAGAUGCAGGAGCUCCAGAAGAUCCACGAGGAGGAAAUGAUACGUCUGCACAGCCACCAUGCCCAGUCUGCCUGUGUUGCAACAGAUGCACAACACGAGUCCCGCUCAUCACAGACCCCCCCUAACACUACUCCCGAAAAAGCCACCUUCUACCCAGACUUCACCUUGGAUUCCACCCUGCCGGCAGAUAAACUUAAUCUGGAUGAAGCCUGCAAAAUAGACAUGGUGUCUAUGGAAACAAUGAAGAAACGAAUCCAUGUGCUUGAGACGCAGGUAAACACCAUGAAAGAUGAGGCAGGGAGACGGAAUCUGGAAGGGGAUGAAGUUGCCAUGAAGGAAGCUUAUCAGAGAGACCUUGAAAACAUCAAGGUUUCCUGUGAGCGUGGCUUCACUGCCAUGGAGGAGGUACACCAGAAGCUGGUGGGGGAUCUGCAACGGCAGCACCAGAGGGAGGUGGCCACGCUCCUGCAGGAGAGAGACUGCCUACUGGAGGAGGAGACAGCCGCCACUGUCGCAGCGAUCGAGGCAAUCAGGAAUGCUCAUCGGGAGGAGCUGGAGAGGAGUCAGAGUGGAGGGAGCUCUGACAUCACGGACCUUCCCUCCCAGUAUGAGGUUGAGCUGCGGUCUCUGCACAGGGAGCUAGAGGUGUUGUCGGGCCAGUACUCCCAGAAGUGUCUGGAGUGCGCCCAGCAGAAUCAGGCCCUGGAGGCCGAGAGACAGGCCCUGCUACAGUGCCAGAGGGAGAACCAGGUGCUCAGCAUCCACAAGCAGGAGCUGACUCAGAGGCUGACCGAGGAGAUCUCUUGCAAGCACUCCCUUCUUAGCGAAGAACCGGCCACUGCCUUACAGGGGAAAGACCUCUACGAACUGGAGGUGAUCCUACGGGUCAGGGACACAGAGCUGCAGUGCCUCAAACAGGAGACCAACUCUCUGAAGGAGGAACUGAAAGCUGUUCACAGGGAUAAGGCAUACGCCAAAGACAAGCUCAAAGCCCUGUAUGCUGAGCUGAGCUUCAGCCGGUCCAAGGUCCAAUGUGACAUUCCCAAACUGCGAGAGGAGCUCCAGACUGCAACAGGGUCUCCCAGGGAUGAGGGCAGGGGCGGCGACGGCUCCAAUUCUGCUCAGGCUUACGACAUAGUGAAGUUGACAAGCAACCCUGAUUUCCUGAAGAAGGAGAGGUCGACACUCACCAGGCAAAUCAGAGGGGUCAGGUCAAAGAGUCUGAAGGAGGGUCUUUCUGUCCAAGAGAGAAUGAAGCUGUUUGAGCCCAUGGACUAGAAGAAGAUCUGAUCUAUUUUUUUUUGUUGCUCAUUCUUCAAUGUGUGUGUGUGUGUGUGUGUGUAUGUGUUUGUGUGGUGUUUGCCAAUCGUGUGCAACAGUGCUAGUCUGAGUACAGGUCUCUUUAGAAACAUUCCACUCUGAGUACAGGGAGUGGAAUAGCUAAAGAGACUGGUACCCAGACUACUGCAGUGCUUGGCUUGCCUGUGAUCUGUAGAGUGUACCAUUGGUAGAUUUUUAGAGCAUUGAUGUGGUGAGGUUGCAAGUAUUGUGAUUAACUAUUUAUUUAUGUAUGUAUUAUUACACAGACCAAAAUAUUGCACAGUUGUGCUAACUAAUAAAAAGCUCUUACAGGGCUCAAUGCACAAUGUGUUUCUCUCCUCCUAGUCCACUUCACCACACCCGGACAGUGAUGUGAACUGUUUAAUUAGGACAAAACCAAAUUCCCUAUGUAAGAACACACUCAAAUCUAAAUACUGGUCAUGUAAAAAUGCAUGGCUAUGAUUUUUUCAAUGUAUUUUAAUACACUUAUGUCCUGUAUUUUAGUGUUCCAUAUUAUUAAUAAAAUGUUUUUUUAUUUGAAUGUCAAAGUGUGUCUAAAUAAAUGUAAUAAAACCA